AUGGACAAUACGACGACGGAGCUCGUUCUGACUUUGAUCGAGGAUAAGCUGCUACGCGCAGAGCCGGCAGCAAGAAGCAACCUAGAGGAGCUCUGCGGGAAGCUGCAAGAUUUGAGCGAGUUUGCAGAACGAAAGAUCCAAAGCCUCGAGAAAUUUUCCAGGGAUGUGGAUCCUGUACUCAUGGCGGCCUUAUCGAGCAUUGAAGAAGAAGCUCAAAUCCAGAGAUCGACAGGAUCAAAGCUUAAUCUCUCACAACAAUCAUGGUAUCAGCUCAACCCUCGGGCACAACUCUCCAUGCGGAUGAACAAGGAAGAGAUGAUCCAAAAUCAAUCGUUUGGUCAAACGGCCCAUCGAAAGCAAAUUCUGGAGGAGAAGCUUAAAGACUUUUACGACAAACAGGUAAACAACGGGCCGCAGACCGUACAAGCUGUGCAUAACAGCGCUGUCACACAGAGUUUGGUUGAUUAG